UGCCUCAUAUCUCUCGGCUCAGAAAAAACUCAGAAACAAUAUUUUACCAAUUUCUUGCUAAAACCACAAAGGCACACUUAUUCUUUACAUAUAAAGUGAGAGAGAGAGAGACCAAUCUAAAGCAUAUAGAUCUGGGGUUGAGAUUUGCUGGAAAAUCCAUUAGGGUUUUUCUAGCUGAAGAUCAAAGAAAGGUAUAUAUAUAGCAUAUCACAUAUGGGGUUUCAUUAUUAUGAGGUUUAAUUGAGUCUGCUCUUUUUUCUUUGAGGUUCUUGUCAUUUGAUCUCUGUUUUUUGAACUCAUUUAAACAAAGCAAAAGCAGCAAAGCAAGAAAGGAAGAAACUUGCGUUGUUUUUCUCACUCUUUUAUUACCCCAAUGUGACGUAAAAUAGCUGGUUGGUGCGUCCAAGAUUACUUUUGGCUGUUUCUUAUAUAUCAAAACCCUAUUUUUUAUUAUAUAAAAGGAGAGAGAAACAGUGUUGUUGACUGUAGAUAGAUAGCUUCUGGUUGAAUUUUACCUUGGAUAGUGAGAAUUUUAGGUAAAGAGUGAAGAACAAGGUAUGGCUAAUAAUCGUUGGUGGGCUGGAAAUAUAGCGAUGAAUCCAAUGGUUUCAUUAUCACCAGCUUCAGCUUCAGCUUCAGCUUCUUCUUCUCUUCCUUUAAGAAUUAACACACAAGAAAAUAACAACCGACUCGGCCAGAGAAGAGAGCAAGAGUUCAUGGAUACAACAGUUGAACCUAUCACCACUACCACCGCCACCACAACUAGUAGCGGAAGCAACAAUCAAAACCCUAAUGAGGCGGAGCAUGAUGAGAAUAUCCACAGUUCUGGAGGUAUGUCCUCUGGACCGUCCAGCUCUAGGGGAGCUGGACGUAGGCCCAGAGGAAGACCAACGGGCUCGAAGAACAAGCCCAAACCACCAAUUGUGGUAACUAAAGAAAGCCCAAAUUCCCUUAGAAGUCAUGUAUUGGAAAUUAAAAGUGGAAGUGACAUAAUUGAGAGUAUUGCAACUUUCGCCCAUCGUCGCGGGCGGGGUGUGUCCGUUUUAAGUGGCAGCGGCAUUGUGACGAACGUCACAUUGCGCCAACCAGCUGCAGCGGGUGGAGUAAUUACACUGCACGGGCGAUUUGAGAUAUUGUCGCUUUCUGGUGCAUUUUUGCCUGCUCCUUCACCUCCUGGAGCAACUGGAUUAACAGUUUAUUUAGCAGGAAGUCAAGGACAAGUUGUAGGUGGAAAUGUUGUAGGUGAAUUAAUGGCAUCAGGUCCAGUAAUGGUAAUUGCAGCAACUUUUACUAAUGCAACAUUUGAAAGGUUACCAUUGGAAGAGGAGAAUGUAAGUGAAGGAAUGGAAAUGCAAACUCCAGUAACUUCAGGGGUUAAUACUGGAAAUUCUGGUAGUAUGGCUGAUACACCACCUUCUUCUAUGCCUAUGUACAAUUUGCCCACUAAUGUUUCCCCUAAUGGUCAAAUGCCCCAUGAUGUUUUCUGGUCUCCUCCUCCACGGCCUCCUCCAUCCUAUUAAUCGACUUAACUAGACAAUAGUCAGUUACCAUUUAGUGGACCUCUCAGUAUGAUUCGAACCCAGAUGAAGUUCUGACCAUCUAUCAGAAAAAAGAACGAAAGGAUCUUGUAGGAUUCGCGAAAAAUUCUCAGUAUGAACAAUACUUAAACGUGCUUUUAGUUCUCCUUGUAAUCAUUGUUAACUUUCUUGACCCUAUUGUAUAAUGACUUGUGAAUCUUUAAUUUCUUUCUAUUAGGUUUUUAGUUUAUGUUUGUAACUUUGUAUCCUUAAAGGGUUUAUUAAGUUGGUUUCUUCUUGGUCAA